AAUAAAAGUAGACUUGCUAGAGGAACGAUCCCCACGUUUGAUGAUUUCAUGACCUUCGUAAACACCGAAGCAGGGAUUGCAACAGAUCCAGUCUUUUCGCGAGGAGCCCUCCAUCACUUGGAUGGCUCAUUAGAUCGCCCUGAUCGUUCCAACAAAGGCAAAGGUUCUGGGAAGCCUAAAACUUUCGGGGACCGUGCUCGUGCCCCGCAUCACGUCUCCAAUCACGCAACAGAUGUAACCGCUGACAAAACAAUUGCUUCACGUAACCCUACCAUCAUUUGUAAGCUUUGCAACAAGGGGCACGACUUAGACGAUUGCCAAGCCUACUUGAAGAGAUCUUUACCAGAUAGGAAGGAGUUCCUCAAAGAAAAGGAGCUCUGUUUCGCAUGUUACGAUCCUGGCCACAGAUCUAACGGGUGCGCCCAGAGGAGAACUUGUAAGAAGUGUUCACGUCGUCAUCCCACGGGACUUCAUGAUGACAACUUCCGCAUCAAUCAAGUAGCCUCCAAGCAGCAGAUCCCCCCGCCUCCGCAGCGUAAGGAUCAUGUUGCGAAUGCUCACACUGAAAUGGCCCAAGCAACGUGUAAUGCCACUGGCGCUGAGAAAUCUGUCUGCGCUGUACCCAUCGUUCCUGUCAGGUUGAGAUCUGAGAAAGUGAAGUCCUCACUUACGCCAUGCUUGAUACUUGCAGCACCGGUUCCUUUGUUCUAGAAGAUAUCGCAUCCAGUUUGGGUGUAAACGGCACCGAUACACAGCUGAUGGUGAAGACCGUCAACGGCACCAAAUUACACGACGCCAAGGUUUUGAACGGAUUGGUCGUUUCAGAUUUAAAGGGUGACAAUACCGUGCAAUUACCGAAGAUCUUCGCCAAAAAGGACCUUUCUACCUGCGAUAACAUCCCUACGCCUGAACUUGCUCAUCGAUGGAAACAUCUUAAAGGCAUAGAAGCAGAUCUGCCACUACAGUUACCUAAUGCCAAGA